AAUCACUUUUCAGCUCCCAUUCAGCUCAAAACAAUGAAGAGAGAGGGUCGCCAACACGGAAUGGUUCGGACAUACCGGGUUCUACCCGCUACAUUGAACCCGAGGGCCGAGACCCGACAUGUCAACAAGUUCGACUCCCUCCCCACGGCAGGGUUGUUCACCAAAGUGUCCACCAGGCCCAACAACCACUCGAAAUACACGAGCAAGUGCACCAAACCCAAGUGCACCGAGUGUCGCAUCCACCCGGCUAGUAAGUCCAAGGACAAGACCAAAGGUAACCAAAAGCUCAAAUCAAGUGAUGUUGUGACCAACCACAGGUUGGUCACAUGGCGUGUCGUGGAUGGGCGAUCCGGAUUGAAUUUUUCUGGAUUGUCCGCCACGGGGAUUUUGGAUAAUUUGUCUAGUGGUUAUUAUGAUACUCAUGAUGGUGAUGAAGAUGAGAAAAACGAAAUCGAUGAUGUUGACGAAAAUGGGAGUAUCGGUAGUGAAGAGGUGAUGAGUUGCUGUAAUGUGGAUAAUGUGUUCGAUUAUCAAAUUGAAGAAGAUGAAGGUUGGUGCCUAGUUCCCCAAACAUGAUGUGGAUCAAGUUGGUCAACGCAUCCGUUUUCUCUUGGUUUGGUCUUUGAUUGAUGAACAAGGUGUUCUUGUUGCUUUGGCCUAUUUGGAGAUAGAGAAGCAUCGACCAUUAUAAGAAGGGGAUGCUAGAGUGCUCUGUCUAUGUUCCAUUUGCUUUCUGUUUUGUUUAAUUGCUGAUGCAGGGCUGUAGAUUAUACUCUUACUGAAAGGAAAAAGAGGACUAAUUUGGUCUUGUAA